AUGUCCUCCUUCGGCACUCUCUUCCGUGUUUCCACCUACGGCGAGUCACAUUGUGCCUCGGUCGGCGCUAUCAUCGACGGAUGCCCUCCAGGACUCCUCCUCGAGGACAAGGACGUUCAGGUCCAGCUCUCCCGCCGCAGGCCAGGACAGAGUAACCUCACCACACCUCGCGACGAGAAGGACUUGGUACAACUGCAGUCCGGCGUCGAGCACGGCGUCACCCUCGGCACGCCGAUCGGUCUGCUCGUCAAGAACCUCGACCAGCGCCCGCAUGACUACUCCGAGACCGACUUGUUCCCGCGUCCUUCGCACGCCGACUACACCUAUCUCGCCAAGUACGGUGUCAAGGCAUCGUCCGGCGGUGGACGCUCAUCUGCGCGCGAGACCAUUGGUCGUGUGGCCGCCGGUGCGAUCGCGGAGAAGUACCUGAAGGAGGCGUACGGCGUCGAGAUCGUCGCCUUCGUUUCGUCGGUCGGCAAGAUCCAUCUCCCUGGCAGCGUUCCCUCGCAGACGGACGACGACGAUGCAGCAGAUGUGCCCAGCCCGGAGCUCGCUGCCCUCAUGGGCUGUGUCUCGCGCGCUGAGAUCGACAAGUACCCCACGCGCUGCCCGCACGCCGCGACGAACGACGCCAUGAUCCAGCGCAUCAUCCGCGCGAAAGAGUCCCAGGACUCGAUCGGCGGCACCGUCAUGUGUGUCAUCCGCAACGUCCCCGCCGGUCUAGGCGAGCCCGCUUUCGACAAGCUCGAGGCAAAGCUCGGACACGCUAUGCUCUCCAUCCCCGCCACCAAGGCCUUCGAGAUCGGCUCGGGCUUCGCCGGCACCGAGAUCCCCGGUAGCAAGCACAACGAUGCGUUCAUCCGCAAGCCUGACGGUUCGCUCGGGACUUCCACCAACCGCUCUGGUGGUGUUCAGGGCGGUAUCUCUAACGGCGAGAACAUCUACUUCCGUAUCGGGUUCAAGAGCCCCGCCACCAUCUCCCAGGCUCAGGAGACAGCCACGUACGACGGUACGCCUGGCAGCCUUGCCGCGCGUGGACGCCACGACCCGUGUGUCGUGCCCCGCGCCGUGCCGAUCGUCGAGGCCAUGGCCGCACUCGUCAUCAUGGACGCUCUGCUCAUCCAGAAUGCUCGCAAGCAGGCGAGCAGUCUGCUCAAGCCCAUCAUAACACUCCCUCCCACGAUGGUCUUACCCGCCGGCAAGCCGAUGCCCAACGACGAAGCCUGA